CGGCUGAAAAUCAACCGCUUCUAUUUGAAUUAAUCUAGAAUGAUUGAAAGACUAACACAUUGAGAUAGACCACUUCUAUUUUUAUUUAUUAUUUUUUUAUACACGACAAAGAUUUAUAUUAUGUUUUUUUAGAUCUUUUUUUUUUUCAGUUGCAACAGUCUCUUUUUAUACCGAGAUUGAACCAUUUUGGGUCCACCACCAAGGUAGAAGCCUGCUCAAGACGGUUUUGUUUAGCAUACAAAAGGCAGCUGGAUACAUGAAGAUGUUAACCGAGCAGCAAACUUUAGAGCUUUUUCCUGAAGAAUGGGAGCGGAACGAAGAGAUUUUGUUGAAGUAUCCCAACGGGUUGCCAAAGGAUGCAGGUGUAGAUCCGAACACUUCUAACGGUUUAGAUGAUGGAUUAGAAAGCAAAAUAGUGCAUAAAGAAAGCUCUCAAGUGCCGCUUCCUGCAGCUGCUUUUCCUCGUUUUGGGGUCGAGCCUAAUAAUACAGAUCUUGAUUAUGUACUUUGUCCCACAUGCGAGAGACCGUUUUUGUCAAAUUAUAUUGAGGAGCAUAACGAGAAAUGUCUUGAAAAAAAGUCACUAAAGCGCCAGGCAGACAACGAGGUUUCCUCUACGGUGCACUCAAAGGAAUCAAAUACUCCAUCUACUGCUUCUAUAAAGAAUGGUAGUAAAGCAACGCAUCAGAAGUUGAGUACUUCUUCUGAAAGUGCUUCCAACCAGAGUAAUAACAACACAGAGGUUGCUCCUCCUAAACGACGGAAAGUAGAAGAAAGUAAGAAGUCUACCAAAGCAAAUGCUUCUUCCAAAAAGGACGUAGGAAAAAAGAAAAGCACAAAGCAAAGAGGACCCGUGGAUGUGGACAAACAAUGUGGUGUCCUUUUACCGAACGGCCUGAUGUGUGCACGUUCUUUGACAUGCAAAACUCAUUCCAUGUCAAGCAAACGUGCUGUUCCUGGUCGCUCUCAGCCCUAUGAUGUUUUGCUUGCUGCUUGUCAAAAGAAAAAUCAAGCCAAGAUUCAACGACAAAUUCUCGAAACAGCAAAAGAAUCAGAAGAACAACAGCAUGAAACACCUGUUGAUUCGGAUGAGGAAGUAAAUUUUGUUAUGAACGCCCUACAACAAUCCGGCAAUAAGCCUUUAGAACAUAAAACAGUUUUACCUGUUAAACGGAGACAUACCUAUUUUCGUACGAGGGAAUUAAUUGCGACCGCCUUUCGACAUGGAGAGCAAGGAAUGCAAGUUACUGGUACUAUUCUUGGAAGAGUUAUCCCAUUUAGCGCACGUUAAUUCUUUAUGUAUCUUCUUUGCAUGAUUGUUUUGUCUGCUUUUUUUUUUUGUUUUGCUAUGAUGAGCUUAUGAGUGAUGAUGGGUUUUACUUUGCACAUAAUAAUCAUUGAUUCCUUACUAUUUCACCUUUAUUUUGAUUGUUAUCUACGCAUUGAAUACCUGUGUAUAUAUGUGAUAUGUAUUUUCUAA